GGAAGAGAAGUGCAAGUCUUUUCCAGCCAUCUUGUGGCAUCUAGCAGCGAAGUGCUCGCUCAAGCCCCGUAGAAUCGGAGGAGAAUCCUGCUGAAAGGGGGCCAUCAUGCCCGGACAUCUGCAAGAAGGUUUCGGCUGUGUCGUAACCAAUCGGUUCGACCAGCUAUUUGAUGACGAAGAGGAUCCGUUCGAGGUGUUAAAGCAGGCAGAAAAGAAGAAGAAGGACGCGACCGUCCCUGGUGCCGCCAAGACCGCCGCGCAGGCUGCAAAGCAGCCCAAAAAGGAGUCGCAGAAGGAGAGGAGAAACCCGCUUCCCGAUAAGAAGGAAGAAACACAAGCCCCCGUUCCUCUCAAGAAAGAUGGCAUGAGGAAGAUGGGCCGCCGGCCGGAGCAGCAGGGUCAACAGGGAUCCCAACAACAACAACAGCAGCAGCAGCAGCAGGCGCCUCAGCAGCAGGCAGGACAGGGGGAGGGUCGUCCACCAGCAGACAGGCGACCUGACAGGAGGCCACCACGUGAACGACGCUUUGACAAACCCGCUGAUGAAAAACCUGCUGAGGGUGGAGAAUUCUCAGUUGAGAAGACUAUGGGUGACAGGCCAUUCCGGGGUCGUGGAGGUCCCCGAGGGGGGCGCGGAGGCCGAGGCAGAGGUGUUGGCAGGACUGACGGCUUUGACUCACGCGGCAAACGCGAGUUUGACAGACACAGCGGCAGCGACCGAUCCAGCCUGAAAGCAGAGGAGAAACGUGGAGGCAGUGGAUCUCAUAACUGGGGCACUGUUAAGGAUGAGUUGAGUGAGCUUGACCAAUCAAACGUCACCGAGGACACCCCUGAAGGAGAAGAACACCCACCUGCUGACUCGGAGAACAAGGAGAAUGAGGUUGAAGAGGCAAAAGAAGAAGGCCCUAAGGAGAUGUCUCUGGAUGAAUGGAAGGCCCAGCAGGAUAAAGAGAGAGCCAAAGUGGAAUUCAACAUUCGUAAGGCCAAUGAGGGAGCCGACUGGAAGAAAGGAUACGUUCUGCACAAGUCCAAGGCUGAGGAUGCCUCUGCUGAUGAUGCUGCUGGUGACCAUCACUUCCGCAAGCCCGCUAAUGACAUCACAUCCCAGCUGGAGAUUAACUUUGGAGAUCUGGGCCGCCCGGGACGUGGUCGUGGAGGUCCACGAGGUGGCAGAGGUGGCCGUGGGGCAGCUGCUGCUACCAGACCACCUCGUGAACGCAGGCCAGACAAGGUCGGAGGAGUGUCUGUCCCUAAUGUGGACGACCCAGAGGCUUUCCCAGCCCUGGCUUAAGCUGCACAGACAGCUCUCGGCUCACCCAGGAGGAUCACUCCUCCAUGGGUCCUUGUCUACAAGGCUUGCAUGCUAACGGAUUCUUCAGCAGAUGAAAUGAUGGAAGACUGUCAUCCAUGCCAUUCACCCCUGAGGACAGAAUUUUACCUGUUUUAGAAAAAAAGAAGGAAAAAUUAAAAAAACAAAAACAAAAAAAACAACGGACGGACUUCUUGCUGUUAUGAAGCAAAUUAUUGGUCGAGGUUUUGUAUUUAGACAAGGUAGCAGGGAUGUUUUCAUACAGUGUUUCUUUUAUUGUUUCUUUCUUUUGUUUUUCUUUUCAGAAAUGAUGCGUUGUUCAUGGAUACGUUUUGUACUGCUGCUUGAAAAUAUGCAUUUCCAAAAAUAGGUGUGAAGAGCGCACCAGUUUAUCUUAAGGUGUCCCGUAGCUUGCUUGCUUUUUACACACAAAUUCCUUGAAACAGGGGCCGCCCUUUUCUGGGAUGUGAUCUACAGGUUAGUCUUUUAAUUUUUAAAGGUUACUGCAUUUCUAAGGGAAUUAUAGAGCAUUUUAGUUCUGGUAUUAAACACCUCCCAUCCCUGAAAGCAAGGCUUUAAAACCGUAAAAUCAUUUUGAUUAAAUGUACAAUUUCUGAUUCAGACCUUAACGCCGAGAUGUAAUUCAAAUGAUUUUUUUAUUGAAUGACCACUGUAAGCUUCAAAUGGUGUCUUUGAUGCCAUUGCCUCUGGUAACUCAGGAUAGUAUCGUACUUGUAACGCAAAGUUCUGGUGUAAAUACAACAAGCAAGUUUACACACCGCACUCCUGUUUACUGAUUAAUGUAAGCCAGGUUAUGGAUAAAUCCUGUUAGAAAUGAUGUUUUCUUUCUGCCCCAUUGCUUUUACAACAGCUCUACUGCAUACUUGAUCUGAAAGAAACAACUUCCUGUUCAGCGUGGAACAGCUGAGUGCUAUGAUAAUGUGUGAAUUCCUACCCUGCUAUUAGACCUCUGUCAAUAAUUAAAAGAUGGUCGAUUCAUA